AUGACCUCCCCUCCUGAAGCUUUUCUUCUCCUAACGCUGCCCAAUGUGACAUUGAAGACAGGAUCUAAUGUUCACACCGGUACACUUGGCCUGGAAUGCGUCCCUGUUAGCGGGUCUGACCACGAUGUUUUCUUGGUUUUGAGGUUGAAUGACCUUGAGAUACCUAUAGACCAUUCGCGAAGCAUAGUUUUGGACACUUCUAUUCCGGAUACACGAACGUAUACUUUUCACCCAACCGAAUCGGAUCCUACGACUCUUGUGCUCACUGCACGAACAAGCUGGUACCCCAGCUAUAUGGAAGAUCUGGAUACGUUCGAAGCAGUUCUAUCCCAAUACGCCGAAUUCUCUCACCCUUCGAACGUUACCACCAUUCCGGCAUACGUCUCCCAAAUUGAUGAGCACGCGUCCAAUGAGCUAGCAGAUUACCGCGGACAUCUCGUUCUAGUCAACGAAGACAGCGGAGAAGUGGUGGGAGAGUUCGAUAAGAAGAUAUCCGUCCAGGAGGAUCCUACGAUAAGUGAACGCGGUCACGAGAAAGAUCCAGUCGUCAUCGAAAUCCCUGAAGGGCAAACCGUCGAUGAUGAGCAUCCUCUUCAGUUCUUCGCGCGAGCGAUACCACCAGAUCAGCAGGACUGGAUAACGAAAUCCGCUGUCAUCGUAAGUCAUGCCAUCACCCACACGACCAGCUUAUUCUUAACUGUCGUUAACUCGGCGUCAAGUUAUUACAUCAACCACUCGGCACCUUCACCGCACCAUCCUGCUAAUGCUACGCCAGGGGAACCGCCGAAACCCCCACCACGAGCUUUGGUCUUCUUGACAUCAGACAAGACGAAGAAAGGGCUUGCUACGGCCCAUGCGUACACCGGUCAGGCGGUCAAAGUCAGUUCAAAAACAUUGUCUAUCAUUGAAGGUAUGGUCAAGAAGACGAUGGGGAGCGAGAAGAAAGGGAAAGGCAGAGCAAGUCAUCCGUCUACCCCCGGAAGCGGGAGCCUGUCUCCCAGCAUGGGGUACGGCUCGCGCUCGUCUUCGCCUAGUACAUCAUCAUCGUCCCCGCCGCCACCGCCUUAUUACGCCUCAAAUUCCGGGCACCUUUUACCUGACGGAAAGCCGCCGUUGCCUCCUAGACGAUCUCCAAGUCCUUCGACGUCGCGUUCGUCGUCGCCACAGCCUCCGGCACCACCGCUACCUCCACGGAAUCUUGGGAGGACAAGACGAAUAUUGUUGUCUGCCGAUCUCAUCUUGUCGACGUUGGAGAACUCUACCAAGCGUAUAUUAGACGUGGGGACUGAGAGGCUCGGUGCGGUGGUCGGACAUAAAUAUGGAGAGGACGCGGGGCAGAGUUCUCAGCUGAUGGCAGGAACGGCGAAGAACUGCGCGCUCGUAUAUAUAGAUAUGAGAGGUAUGGGCCGCAAGGCCAUACUGAAGACCGCUGGGAAGGAGUUCGUCAAGGGCCGAGUAAGAAGCAGCAGGAAGGAGUAA